UGUCACUUCGCAGUAGUGGAUAAGAGGUGUUCGCGGAGCACGAGGCUGUUCUAAGGUGGUGUAGAUUGCUUUUCUCGGUUGUUUGGAGAGCCAUCGCGAUGGCGACCGAGGCGCCGAGUGUGGAGGGAACGAGCACGGCCGCAGCACCUAUGUCAGGGCCCGACAGCUCUGGUGAGUGGCCAGGUGUCGAAGGAGGAGAUGGCGGAGAUGGCGAAGAGGACGCAGCCACGAAAGAAGCGGAGGCCGUUGGGGAAAGCGAGGAGGACGGAGAGGAUGUGUUCGAGGUGGAGAAGAUUCUAGACAUGAAGACCGAGGCGGGUAAGAUCCUUUAUAAAGUUCGAUGGAAAGGAUAUACAUCAGAUGAUGACACCUGGGAACCUGAGAUUCACCUGGAGGACUGUAAAGAAGUUCUUCUUGAAUUUAAGAAGGAAAUUUCAGAGAACAAGGCUAAAGCAUUCAAAAAGGAUAUUCAGAGAUUGUCUUUAAAUAGCGACAUAUUUGAAGCAAAUUCUGAUAGUGAUCAGCAAAGUGAAGCAAAAGAAGAUUCUUCCCCAAGAAGGAAGAAAAAGAAAUUAAGGUCCAAAGAAGAUAAAAGCCCAGAUGGUCUGAAAAAGAGAAAAACAAAGACUGGCAAACUGAGAGUAAAAUCAGAGCUGGGGAGUGCCUCUGAAAGUUUAGUUUUAGAUUUAAGGACAAAGAAAAGAACUUUGGAAGCCAAAGAAGAAUUAAAGGACUCCAAAAAGACCAGAAAAGAUGAAAUAAAAGAAACUAAGGAAUUAAGAAAAGGUAAAAAGGCAGAUGUAAGAGAUGUAAAGAAUAAAGUAAAAGAAGAUCCCAAAGACAACAGAAAAACAAAAAAAGAGAAAUGUGUUGACAGUCAGCUGGAAUCUGAAUCAAGUACACUUACUGAGGAUGAUAAGGAAGAGUUUCCUCCUGACAACAGAGAAGAGAAACAAACACUAAAAAGUACAAAAGAUAGAGUAGAGCAGGAUGCAAAUCAAGAUGGUAUUUUUGAGAAACAGCUGAAUGACACUGUCAGUGCGGAUGAGGAUGAUAAUGGCAAAGGCAAGAGGAAAAAAAAGAAACUGAAAAAGGCUGAGGAAGUGAAAGAGAUAAUGCUAGAAAACAAGAAGACCUUUGCAGAGAAGAAAACUGUGCCUAAAAAGCAGAGGAAUCAGGGAAUCAAGCCAAGUGACAUAGAGUUAGAUAAAUUAAUGCCAUAUUUGUCUGCCCAAACACAGAAGACUUCUAGAUCUGCUGGUGAAGACAAGAUCCUCCAGCCAUCUGACUCAGCCCUGGAGGAAAAAGAGGCCCCAAAAAAUGACCUCAAAGAAAAAUCUCAGAAAAAACCGGAUUUAGACAAGGAAGAAAAAGGUCAGGAAGAGCCGAAGGGAUUAAGGACACUAGCAAUUAAGGAAAUCAAAAGUGCAUUUGAUUUACUUAAAAAAACUACAGAAGAAAAAAAUGAUGUGCCUGAAAUUAAUCAGAAAAAAGAAGUGUCACUGGAUUGUAAAACCACAGAAGAUUGUAAAAUGAAGGAAGGCAAGUAUUCACCUAACGAAAAGAAAAAUACCAGAGAUGAAACUGACACUUGGGCAUACAUUGCUGCAGAAGGUGAUCAGGAAGUUUUGGACAGUGUAUGCCAAAUGGAUGAGAAUUCAGAUGGUAGGCACCAGAUCUUAAGUUUGGGCAUGGAUCUGCAGCUGGAGUGGAUGAAACUAGAAGAUUUUCAAAAGCACCUUGAUGGGGAAGAUGAGACUUUUACCACAGUGAAUGUAAUUCCAAAUAAUUUGUUGAGGGAUGCUGUGAAAAAUGGGGAUUAUAUUACUGUAAAGGUUGCACUCAACUCAGAUGAAGAUUAUGAUUUGGACCAAGAGGAUUCCAGUGGGAUGACACUGGUGAUGCUUGCUGCAGCAGGAGGGCAGGAUGACCUUCUGAGGCUCCUCAUCACUAAAGGGGCCAAAGUGAACGGACAGCAGAAGAAUGGCACCACAGCCCUCAUCCACGCCGCCGAAAAGAACUUUUUAACCACUGUGGCUAUUCUUUUGGAAGCGGGAGCCUUUGUAAAUGUUCAGCAGAGCAAUGGCGAGACCGCACUUAUGAAGGCUUGUAAAAAAGGAAAUUCGGACAUUGUGCGGCUUGUGAUUGAAUGGGGAGCCGACUGCAACAUUUUGUCAAAGCACCAAAACAAUGCGCUUUACUUUGCAAAGCAGUGUAACAACAUGCUUGUGUACGAAUUGCUGAAGAGCCAUUUGGAGACGCUCUCCAGAGUGGCUGAAGAGACAAUCAAAGAUUAUUUUGAAGCUCGCCUUGCUCUGUUGGAACCUGUUUUCCCAAUAGCAUGUCAUCGCCUCUGUGAGGGGCCAGAUUUCUCAACAGAUUUCAAUUACAAUCCCCCACAGAAUAUACCAGAAGGCUCUGGCAUCCUGCUCUUUAUUUUCCAUGCGAAUUUUUUGGGUAAAGAAGUUAUUGCUCGGCUCUGUGGCCCAUGCAGUGUACAAGCAGUAGUUUUAAAUAAUAUAUUUCAACUUCCUGUUUUUCUGGAUAGUCAUUUUGUUUACUCAUUCAGCCCCAUUGCAGGUCCUAAUAAGCUCUUUAUAAGAUUGACAGAAGCACCCUUUACUAAGGUUAAGUUGCUGAUAGGUGCAUACAGAGUGCAGCUGCAGUGACCCCAGGAUCAUGAUGAACUCUUUUCAGAUGAAUUCCUAAAUACUCUCUUUAAUGCAGUUUUGAAUUCUGGCACAUCUAAAAGUUUCAAAUGUAAAUUUUCACCUGCAAGCCUUUUCCGUCAUGUGUUAUAGUCUGUAAGGUGCAAUAUGGUAGCUCUAACAUAAGUAAAAUCUAGAUGUCAUUAUUUGUAAUCAGAAGUUUCAGCAUUGAAUCCAGACUGCAUAUUUCAAUUUUUCCACCAUGUGGAAUGGUAUAUAUAGGACUAUUUAAGAAAAUUAAAGAAGACUUUUUAACUUGAAAUUUUCUACUAGCCCUUGGGACUUUUGUUAAGUUCAGGUGCUUACAGCAAGAGGGUGAGGAGGCCUCCUGUUGGAAUGAAGUUGAAUUUGAUGGCCUUGAAAGAGGACUGACCAGGUGACUUGACACCCACCAAGGGGGAGAUACCGUUAUAAUGCCCAGUUGCUGGUUAUCUUUUCAGAAGAGAACAAGGUCAAAAGACCCAGCAAGUGAUCCAAGCAAGACAUUGUGAGGCUAAUGAGGGACUAUUGUGAACAGUCUUUCCUGUAUGGGCAGCUCCUGUGCCUUUUUUUGACAGAGAUUAGGAAAUGCUGGCCUUGGGUCCCAGCUAAGCCUUCUGUUGCAUCAGUUGGAACACAGUGCCUUGUGAAUGAAAACGCUACUGCCUCACAUUUACAUCCUCUUAUAAAAUAUUUAUCAAGAGAUCCAAAGAUCUCAGCCUCCUUAGUAACUGGGAUUAUAGGCCUGAGCUAUCAACACCUGGCUGGCUACAGAGCAUUUCUGAAGCAGUACCUGGGUGUUGGGUGAGGUUGGUGCACAGACUGAAGGAGAUGAAAAUGGGCCUGGUUUUUAAAAAAUAUAUAUAUGUACGUAUGUCUAUAUAUAUAUAUAAAAUAUAUAGACACAUAUACAUAUAUAUAUGCUUAUCAAAGACAUUGUCAAGCAUAAAUCAUGGGAAACUAUAAAAGUUUCUAAUUGUAUUUUUUUUUACCUUUGUAAUGCUAGUGAUUGGACCCAAGGCCUCAUGAUUGUUCGGCACAUUCUGUCAGUUGAGCUAACCCUCUGUUCUGUUUUUGAGGUAGUCAGUCUCCCUCACUUUGCCCAGGCUACCCUUGAAUUCACAAUCUUGUCUUCAUCUUCAGGUAGCCAGGAUUGGAGGUGUAUGCCACCAUACCCCUCCAAAUUUUAAGUUGUUCAGAAGUGUUUGUACAUUUUCUCUUCACCCCACUACUAAGAAUGGAACUCACAUCCUAGCACAUGCUAGAUAAGCAUUCUGCCUCUGUAAAGCUCACAUCUUUAAAACUAAGUUUUCUCAAUAAAUUCAACUGUGUCU